AUGCUUGAAGGCAUUGAGCAUAUCUCAAAAAAUCUGUUAGCACAAAAUACUAUUAUUGGCUGGAUUUUGAGCGAUCAAAUCCCUAAUCGUGUGGUAUCUUUCUCCACUCAAGUGGAACAAAACUCAAACAAACUUCUGGAAUCUCAACAGCGAAAGUUCUGGGAGGUAGAAGAAGUUCCGACCCCCAAUCUCACGAGUCAUGAAGAUAAGCUAUGUGAAGAGUUAUACCAAUCAACUACAUCGCGCACACCUGAAGGUCGCUACAGGCGGUCAGGGCACCUUUACGAUAAAAGCUCCCACCUCUUCCGCAAUAAAUUAUUAAAAGAAAAGGCUUGGGAUGCAGUUGCAUGUGCUGUGGGAGUACCUGUGACUAACUGCCAAACUAGGUGGAAGUCUCUCAGAGACCGUUUCGUCCGGGAGACAGGCUUACAGAAGAAGAAGUCGGGAUCUGGUGCCGAAGAUGGAGCCACAUGGCAAUAUUUGGAAGCCAUGGAUUUUAUGCGAGACUUCGUUGCUCCUCGAAAAACAUUUUCCAAUCUGGAUUUUACUUCACAGGAGGAGGAUAUAAACGGUAUCAGCCCGUGCAACGUGACCGAAACCUCUUAUUAUGAGGAGUAUGAAGUAAGCUCUCCUCUUCCUUCUGUUGCGGCAAACGACACGGAGUAGUCCAACAGCGCAAAAAAAAUAAACGGCGUCGUGUAGAAGACGAGGCGAACGAGAGGUUCGGAUCACUAUGCGCGGCGGUCAAUGAAUUUGUUGGCUCCAAAUCCGAAAGCUUUAAUAAUAGCCGCAAUUUUGAGAUUUAUAAAGUUCUGUACAGCUAUGUAUUGAAACAUCCGGAGCAGGCCCAAGAUUCAAUCAAAGUUGAGAUACUCAACUAUGUUUUCAACUAUAAUUGCGGCAAUUAUUAAAGCUUUCGGAUUUGGUAUUUUAUAAAA